AUGUCAACACCACACGGCCUAAAAGAGAAGCAAGAUGGAAAGGUCCGACGCAGGAAAUUCGGUUCUAAAACCAAAACCGGGUGUCAAACUUGCAAAAUACGAAAAGUCAAAUGCGACGAAACGAAACCCUUCUGCAACCGCUGCACUACCACCGGCCGAAAAUGCGACGGCUACCCCUCAAAAACUGCACCCGUCGCUCGUAAAUACACACCUCGCAUUGUCUGGGUACCAACACGCACAACAGGAAGUACGCCAGAGAAGCGAGGCUUCCAAUUCUUCCUUAUAAACACCGUCCCCGAAUUAGCUGGCUACUUCACUUCUUCAUUCUGGGAACAUUCUGUAUUACAAGCUAGUACCGCAGAGCCUUCGUUACGACAUGCCAUUAUUGCUAUUGGGGCUUUACACGAGGAGUUUCGGAGUAGAAGAUUAAUGUCUACUUCAUAUGGUGAGAAAACGUCCACACGGAUUGAUGAGGAUAUGGGAACGGCUUUUGCUAUUGAUCGUACGUACCAAUGCGACAGGACACUAUCCGCCAAAGUAAUCACUAAACUGGCAAACUCCUUAGAAUACACCAAAGCCCUCUCACACCUCCGACGCUCCCUCAGCUCUGGAAAACAAGCCCCCCUCACAGCCCUAAUGUCCUGCGCCCUCUUUGUCUGUUUUGACUCUUUACGCGGGAACUUCGAAUCCGCCUUUCUCCAUCUGAAAUCCGGUAUUCGAGUAUUAAGAGACAUACGUAUGGGAAAACUACAAGCAGAAGACCACUAUAUCAUCCAAAAGAAUGUCUUACCGCUCUUUGAACGGUUGAGUAUACAAGCUUAUCUGUAUAUUGAUACUAGAGAAACCGAGGCCAGGGUAAGGUUCUCGAGGGAAUGGGGAGGUAUACAGAGUAUAAAGGGGGUAGAAGAGAAGGAGUUUAGAAGUCUCGAAGAUGCGAGGGACAGCUUAUAUAGAGCUGUUGGGGGACUGAUUAGGGCGCUUUUUGCUUGUCAUGGCGACCUACCAAUGGGUCUCCAAUCCAUAGAAGUGCUUCGUUUAUUUAAAACCUACAGCACGCUACUCCACCAAUGGGACCAAAAGUUUAGCACCUUUAUGGCCCAGAACUCCGCGACCCUUUCCCUUCGCCAAAUCCGUGGCGCCGCCCUCCUCAAAAUCCACCACACCAUCACGCAGAUAAUGUCCCUCAUAGCACCCAUCUCGCCCGAGAACCCCGACCACAUGCAAACAUCCAUAACCGUCUCCAUGAACGCCCCCUCAGCUUUUAUCCCACACACCCAGAAAAUGAUCGACAUUCUCAACCUGUCCCGCUCCCUCCUUACAGCCACAGACCAAGAUUCAAAAAACCGGGAACCGUCUUUGACGUUCUCGAGUGAUUUAGGUGUGGUGGGACCACUCUACUAUGUAUGUACGAAGUGUACGGUCUUGGAGGUUAGGAGAGAGGCGAUGGAGUUGUUGCGAACGUAUAAGAGGAGGGAGGGGAUGUGGGAUAGUGAUACUGGGACUAAGAUUGUAGGGGAGUUUUGGGAACUUGAGGAACAACAUAAUGCUUUGCAGAGGGAGGCCGGAGUUGGGCGAGAAGGGGUUACCAUGAGGGAGCGUGUACGCCUGGUGUUGGAAAGUGAGGCGGGGUGGAGGUGGACUAUGUGUUAUAACGAGGGAGAAGAAGCGAUUUCUGAUGGAAACGGGGGUGAUACGUGGUGGGGCCUGUUGAAUGGGCAGGGUGGACCCCGUGAAGGAGAGAUUUUGCUUGUAGGUGGUGGAGAUGAAAUUGGAAGGAGCGUAUUUCUGGAUACUUUGAGCGGUGAUGACCCAUUUGGCACUCCUGUCAACUUUUUACAUGAAUAG